GUUGCCGCCUUCAAAAGAUUAAUCAAGAACGACAAUAAACAGCAACAAUGGAAAGUUGGUUGGAUAACGUCAAACGCGUGAGGAUCCCCAGACCGAAAUUCGGGAGCAAAUACCCGGCGGAGCCUCCGAAGGAUUAUCUGGAGGAGUGCGGAGGGGACCUCGGGGGAAAACAGCGCCAUCACGACAACAAAGACCUGGCCAAAGCGACCGAGGAGCUCCGCCGGACGCUCCAGGAUAAGCUAUGACCUCCCCGGAGACGACUAGCAAUAAUGUAGCUUUAACUUGGCCGUUGGAUUAUUGACCCCAUGCCUUGCCUGAAUAAGCGAUCACGAGGAUGAUUACUUGUAUUGUUUGAGACAAAUGAACGUGAUUUGCGAAAUCGGCAAGCAACAAGUACUGAGCAAGAUACUGCUAUAUUUCAUUGUAUUUACCGCAGUAGGAAAAUAAUCAGUCUUGUAAUUAUCUUAAAACAUGUCUCGUUAAAACAAAUCCUUUGUGCAUUCACUAAUCGAUCGUGUUAUGACACUCCAAACUUUGUACGUUAAUUUUUCUUUCUGAUUGGUUGUUUCAUUUAAGGUAGAAAUAAUUAUGUACUAAUUUAAUACCAGUUGAUAAUAUUUAAUAAUAAUUACUUUAAAAUUGGCAAUUUAAUUAACAGUUAAACCGUUAUGUUUUUGUCAUUUCAUAUAAUUUAAACUAACUAUGCAUAAAUUGAAUUAUGUCAUCAUAUUGUUGAAGAAAGUAUUGAAAUAUUGGGUUAGAACUGAAAUAAUUGCAAAAUAACAAUCCGAUAGUGAUGCCUAAUGAAACAAAAUUAUGUAUCAGUAUUAAGAAAUAAUUGUACCACAGGAGGUUUGUAACAUUAGUAGUAGUGUAAAACUACUUAUUAGCUUAGACUGAUAUUUUAUUAUUUUUAAGGUUUUAUUGUAGAAUCUCGUUAAGGAUGAAAUAUUAAAUGUAUGUUUAAAUGAGUAUUUGUUUUGGUUUUGUCUGUGUAUGAAAUGUAUGAAAUAGGUAUCUAAUAUGAUUGGACUAUCAAAACUAUCAAACCUAUAUGGUACUUACCUAAGCUAUGAAUCAGAUUUUGAGUUCAAGGUUACAAGGUUUUUUUAACUUAGUCAUACUUUUACUCUUUACGAAGCCGAGACAGGCACUUAUGUAUUACUAUCUACGAGUAUAAAUACUUAGUAUGAA